AAAACGUACCGAACUUCCGCCCCUAGCAAAUGUCCAUCAACCUUGCUACUAAGAGCUAUCCCUUAUGUUCAUGUCAAGAUGUCUGGGAACAAAGUAGAAGACAACGUUGAUCAUGCAUCUAACAGCAAAGGCAUCUCUCUUCCAAUGACUCGUGUAAAACUGAUCAUGAAAAGUUCACCCGAAGUGUCAAGCAUCAACCAAGAAGCUCUACUCCUUACAACCAAAGCGACAGAAUUAUUUGUUCAGUACUUGGCUCUGUCCUCAUUCCUCAAUGGAUCGGGAAAAGACAAGAACACUCUCUCCUACAGCGAUCUAGCCAAUACCGCUGAGGAGACGGAAACUUUCCAGUUUCUCACAGAUAUCUUACCAAGGAAGAUCUUGGUCAGGGAUUACCUGAAAUCCCUGGAGGAAAAUCCAGUUGAGGAAGCAGACAAUUGAAGACACACAGCAGUAGCCUUCAGCGAUAGCCGUUGCUAGCAUGGAGUCGAUUGAAGAUUUUCCUAAUUUUCAUUAAGGAAGUUGACCUAUGCCACUUCAAGGAAUGUUGUUGCGUAUGCCAAUGUCUUCUCUGACAUCUACUAGGGGAUACUAUGUUUAAUACCAUUAGCUGCCAAGUCAUUUCUGGGCAUCCAAUGUUUGGGUCAGAAAGUAUGUGUGUGAGAUACAUUUUUUGGAUUACCGAUAAAGCGUAACAUUUGUUGACCUGGAUACCUCCACCCCUAUAUUCUCCUACAGCAGAGACCAGCUGCCAAAGACAAAUGUCUCUGUAUGCUGUUCUUGGUUUGAUACCAGCUGAGAGUCAGAGAUUUGGGCUUUCCUUUUUUGGGGCAUUCUUUUCUACAGGAAAUAUUGAAACAAGUGAUCAAAAUAGGUGCUGUUUUAUGUCUUGAACCCAAGCAGUUCAGUUCUCAGGUGAAAACAAACUCUCAUUGGUUGUAUCCUUUUAUAUAAAGAGUAGCUGUUAUGUUCACUCUUAACUAAUGCAAUCUACUUGAUAUGAGAGAGACCUUUAAUUCAUAAACAAUAACAUGCAUAAAUAUUAGGAAAGUUAUUUAAAGCAAUGUGAAAUCACAACUGCAUCAGGUGUAUUUGACAAGAAGAGGAAAAUACUCUUCUUUUUUUGGCUGUGUUUAGUCUUAAUGCUACACAAUUAACUGAAAUGUCUGUCCUGGGUUGGUGCACAGAAUUAACAUCUGCUCUCCGAUUGAUGUCACCUAUUCAGGAUAGGCAUCAUGAAGACAUAAAAAAACAAAAGCAAAAUAAUGACAAAUUAAAUGUAUUCAAUCUAAGUCUAAAUAUGCUAUUUUGUGUUUGCGGUCGAACUACCCACAUGGGGGUCCGUAACAGCUAGCGUGUACUUAAAAUAUUCUAUUUUUUUUUAGAAAGAAUGCACUGAACUUUAACAGCUGUGAAUACCUUUUCUACAAAUGUGUAUAACACAAAUGUAAUCCCACUGCAAAAAAAACCCCCAAAAACUUUCCUUUUGUAUGUUUUUGUAAUGUGGUUUUGCCAACGAAAGUAAAACUCUUCAUGCAAUAUACACCUCUAA